GUUUCACCUAUAACGCGGUAAGAUUUUUUGGCUCCCGAGGACAGCGUUAUAUCGAGGUAGCGGUGUAGUCUGUAUGCAGAGCCUUGCAUUCCUCCACCUACAAUUCUAACUGAGAUCUGCCGAUCGCUUGCUGAGAGCAUUUGGAGAGAGAAUGUUUAUGGUCCAACAUGUAUUGGGCUAGCAGUAGGCUGGGAGUGGGGAGCCAGGAGGGGAACAGCAGGGGUUAUACUUUUAAGGUCAGGAUUUAAUAGCAUUGGGCAGGGCUAUGUAGGAGGAAGCUUGUGUGACUUCUGUCCGUGCUACGUUUGGCUCCAGCCGGAGCAAUAACUCCCUCUGUUCCCCGGUCAACUAAGUUGCCAAACUUCAGAGACUAGAUUUUAGAGGCACUGGGGCAGUUACUAAACUGAGGUCGCUGCUUGCUGGAUUUCUUACAAUAGCGGGUCUUAAAGCUUGACAUCCAAGAUCUCUUUAGAUAAUAGCAGGGUGGAAGAUGCCACGCUCUGCUGUCUCUGUUUCGUGUGUUCUUCACGUGCAAGCUCUUCUCAGGCGUAUUGCAUGAGGCUCACUAGGUAAGACUGUUUCUAUGCCUCUCUUCUCCUUCCUUUCCUCUUCCUCCCGCCAGAGCCCCCAGCCCGAAAAAGCAAAUGUGGCAUGUUUCCAGAGAACCCUUAGUUGCUGUGCUGCAGUGGCUAUGGAGAGCAGUUGGAAUGUUCAGAAGGAGAAUGAAGAGUCGAAGAUGACAUGUCUGAGCCUGAGUGAAGAGGACAGUGGACUUGUCAUAGUGGCACAGAAAUGUUUUGGGGCAGGGUGACUACCGGGAGCACAGUUGCUUGCUGGGGAGAGGAGGCAGAGUUGGAGCCAGGAGGUUACUGUGGGGGAGAGGAAGAGCCAGGAACAGAGCGCGCAUAGCUGCUGGUGGGCGUCCUGAAGGGAAUGCUGGGAAGUGGCUGGACAGGAGGAAGGGGAGCUGGAAGAGCUCGGUGCCCUGAAAACCCAGGGGGUUACGCUCGGUAGAAAUUCCCUAGCAUUCUUCAGCAUACCUUCCACCCUUGUCUCAUCUUCCUGGCACUAGCGCAGCAAACUAUCCUCCUGUCUGGCCUGCUGUGCCCCCGUGUGUUGUAUCUGACUCUGUUGCCGUGUCUCCGCUGGCUUUUGUCUGUUCUCCCUCUGUCCUUUUAUUAUGUGCAUUAGAGUAAUGCCUAGAGAUCCCUAGUCAAGUCAGGUGCCCCCAAAGAGCUUCCAAUCUAAACAGACGAGUCAGAGGAGGGUAUGAUCCCUGCUUUCCAGAUAGGGAACCGAGGCUCGGAUUUUGGGCAAGUCAUAUGACUGUGUUGCAGAGCCAGAAACACGAACCCAGGACUCCUGAGUCCCCGUCCAGUGGUGUAACCCCAAGGCCAGGCAUCCAUCCAUCUUUCCAUCCCUUGUUGUGUGUCCUAGCUCUCUCUGGGCCUUGCUUUCUGUUCUCACUCCUUGCUGCUUCUCUCUACCAAUUCCCUCCGCUGCCUCCACCUCUUUUCCCCAUUCUGUGUUCUUCCUCUCUGCAGUGUUGUCUCCCUGACCAGCCCACAAGCUAUAGGAAAUACUUGAGGGCCUGUUGUCCAGGGAGAAUGGCUGUUUGCUCUGGGCCCAAACCUGCUUUCACCGCAGUCUCACAAUUGCUGCAGUCGGAGCAGAAGCAGGCCCCUUGUGCCCAGGGGAGGGACUCCGAGCCGCAUGGUGCCACACGCUUCCAUGCACGUAUAUUGCAUAUCUCCGAGGCUGUGAUGCUUGCUGGUUCUACUUGUGGUUUGUUACUUAAAGGUGAAUUGUGACACUCCUGUGGUAGGAAUGGAAACAGAGCCUGGAUCAGCCCAGCAGUAAUUAAAGCAUAUUUCUCUUUGUGUUUCCGCAAAUUAACGACAGGUUUCCAUCCAGUUGCAAAUACUGCCUGUGGGGCUGCCACCAUUGGUCACCCCAAUAGCAGACUUGUCUCUUGGUUUGCCAGAUGUUUUCAGCCCAAGUGGAACUGCUGCUCUGAGGGCUGGCCCAGCAGCAGUGAACCUAGAUGUUGGGUGGAUUUCCAUGUCUACUCUCCUAAUCCUUCUGCAAACCUCUAAAGCUUCCUUGUUCCAUUUACAGGCUUUGAACGUUUACCAUCUUAAGACACAGUAACCUCAUACUUGGGAGGACUAGUGCCUGGGCCUGCAGUCAGCAUGGCAUCUGGAGAGACUCCAGGCUUAAUCUUGGAACUAAGCAUCUGAUUGCUUCUUGACUUGCCCCCAGGAGAAAGAGGCCUUCCUUUUAAAUGCUAACCUAUCGGUUCUGUAGGGCACCCAGUUGCUAGAGCACUGACAGAGUAGAAAGGCUCCUGAAAGCCUCUCCAUUGUGUUCUCUUCUCAGAUCUUAUUAGGGUGACCAGAUGUCCUGAUUUUAUCCGGACAGUCCCAAUUUUGGGGUCUUUUUCUUAUAUCGGCUCCUAUUACCCCUCACCUCCUGUCCUGAUUUUUCACAUUUGCUGUCUGGUCAGCCUAGAUCUUAUCCAGGAAGCAGUUUAAACCCUUAGUCCAACUUGAUCAGCCUGAUUUCAUGGGGCGGGGGAGGGGAAGUCCUGAACCCUGGGUAAAGAUUCCUGGAGCUGGCCCUGGCAGUGGGGGUUGGGACCUGCUUGUUGUCGACACGGAUCUCAAAAUACCAAGAUGAACUAGAUGAAAGACGGUUGGGAACUUUGCUGGAUGUGUGUGGGGCACUUGUUCCCCCGCAGCCAAUCAGUGUCUCUUCACUGGGAGUCCUUUGGGUGCCUGUCAGUGCUGAGUGUAUCCACUCCCUGGUGGGCCUGUACAGGACCCUCCAUUCUGAGCACCUGUCAACAGCCUUCCGUAAAGGUGACCUGCAAGUAGAUGGAGAGCUCCGGGGCUGUGUGCUGCCAGCUUGCACGGGCUGAUUGCUCUGCGUACCCGGCCUGUUUGGGAGAAGCGGUACAGACAUCAGUGUCAUCUGGUGUUAAGUAUCUGGGCAGGUCACCUCCGAGUGAUCUGUCCCCGCAGGAAUUGCUGGGUGCAUCCCGGGUGGGUGUGUCUAGCUUCGGGGAGGAGUGCGGGACUUAUAUUGACCCUUCCACAGGCCUAGGCUCUCCGGUUAUUCUGGAGGCUCCAUUCAGGCAUGCCGACACUGUGACUGCUGGGCGGGCUGGUGAGGUGGCGCCCUAUAAUAGCCUGCCAGGGUGAGCCUGCCCUGACAAUAGCACAGGGAGCUGGUCCUGUGACCAUGGCUGAACCAAAGAAACCCCAGGCAGGGAGCAUAGAGUUAGCCGCAGUUCCUGAUGUGACUGUUUCCACAGCCACUAUGUCCACCAGGAGGCUGCGCAGCGAGGACUACAACGACUACAGCUCCACAGAGGCUACGCCUGACGGGAGCCCCCCCGAAGGCAUAAACAGCUUUGCCUCUCCUUCAUCCUACCAGCGGUUCGGGGAGAGCAACGGGACGACAUGGUUUCAAACCUUGAUCCACCUGGUGAAAGGGAAUAUUGGCACUGGCCUGCUGGGACUGCCCCUGGCUGUGAAAAACGCUGGCAUUGUGCUGGGCCCGCUCAGUUUGCUGGUGAUGGGAAUCGCCGCAGUGCAUUGUAUGGGCAUCCUGGUUAAAUGCGCUCACCACUUCUGCAACAAAUAUCAAAGGCCUUUUGUGGACUAUGGAGAUGCUGUGAUGUACGGGCUGGAAGCAAGCCCUAGCGCUUGGCUUCGGACCCAUGCCAUCUGGGGAAGGUACGUAGUGGGAUUUUUCUUGAUUCUCACCCAGCUGGGGUUCUGCUGUGUGUAUUUCGUAUUUCUGGCUGACAAUCUGAAACAGGUGAUCUCUGCAGCAAAUGGCACCACCAAUGACUGCCAUUCCAACAAAACCACGGUGCUGACUCCCACCAUGGACUCCCGGUUGUUCAUCCUCUCCUUGCUGCCGUUCCUGGUGCUGCUCGUGUACAUACAGAAUCUCAAGUUCCUGUCCGUCUUCUCCAUGCUGGCCAACCUCGCCAUGCUGAGCAGUCUCAUUAUGAUAAAUUGGUAUAUCAUCACGGGCCUUCCGGAUCCCAGCAACCUGCCUCUCGUAGCGGGCUGGAAGACCUACCCUCUGUUUUUUGGCACGGCUAUCUUUGCUUUCGAAGGUAUCGGCGUGGUGCUCCCCCUGGAAAAUAAAAUGAAGAAUCCCCGGCACUUCCCGGUGAUCCUGUAUGUGGGAAUGGCCAUAGUCACCAUCUUGUACAUCAGCCUGGGGACCUUGGGAUACCUGCGAUUUGGAGCCAGCAUCCAGGCCAGCAUUACUCUCAACCUGCCCGACUGCUGGCUGUACCAGUCUGUCAAGCUGCUCUACUCCAUUGGGAUCUUCUUCACCUACGCGCUGCAGUUCUACGUCCCUGCGGAAAUCAUUGUGCCCGGGGCUGUUUCCCAGGUGCCGGAGCGCUGGGCGCUGUGGGUCAACCUGCUCCUCAGGACGUGCCUCGUCUGCGUGACAUGCCUCCUGGCAAUCCUGAUCCCCCGCCUGGACAUCGUCAUCUCUCUGGUGGGCUCCGUGAGCAGCAGUGCUCUCGCCCUCAUCAUCCCUCCCCUGCUGGAGAUCACCACCUAUUACUCCGAUGGCCUCCACCCUGUCACCAUCGCCAAAGACCUCCUGAUCAGCGUCCUGGGCUUUGCGGGGUUUGUGGUGGGCACCUAUGAGUCCCUUUGGGCUCUGGCCACCCCCCCCAUUUCCAACACCACCAAUGCCUUGGUACACUGACCCCUUUUCCUUCUCCCGCUCCACCCCAGCAACGCCAUACAGCCUCUUGGCAGCUCACGGGGUUUUCAUCAGGGUCAUGGCAGCGAAUCUCCCUUCCCUCUCUUUAAAGGCAUUUGUCCAGGAGAAGUGAGGGUCAGUGCACAACCAGAAAAGACAGGACCCUGAUUCCCUUUCCCUCUCCUCGUAGUGUGCGGUUCCCACUUCGGGGGUCUCAUUGCUUGGGUCUGGGAGCCCUGCAGAGAUGACUUGCGGCCCCUGGUUGGGAUGGAGUGCCUUCCUUCGCUCCACCGGGAUCCUUCUGGCAGAUUAAGAUGACAUACCUACAGGUGCCAAGGUACUGCAGUUUGAAGUGGACAUGCUCUAGACUAUAGAGUACCAAGGGGAGGGAAGAAACCUUUGGGCUCGUUCAGGGAUCUAGAUGACUGCUUCACAACCAAGGGUACCUCUACCCUUCCCAAACUCCCCUCUGCCCAGAAAAAGAGAAUCUCCGAGUCUUUUCUGGUGCCAAUUCUUUUUUUUUCAGCACUUUAAUUCAUGGCAACACAGCAAUUCCAGCCAGUGAGUGACACAUUAGAGCCCACAUCCCGAAGAGCUGUGGAACCUGGAAAAUUACAGUGACAGCAAGGGGAAAAGGAAGCAGGAAACUGCACAAGGAGAGAGAAUCUCUUGUAUGCGCUGCCCUGGCAGGCUGACUGUCACAGCCCGGUCUAACGCUCCUGUGGGUAAGCCGGGCCUCAGGGGGUAGAGCACUCUCUAGCUUGAGGAGCCAAACACAUGAGCAUUAGAUGGCAACGUUUAUUGGAAGCCACAUUACAAACCCGUCUGUCAGGGCCUUUUUCAGCCUAGAUCCCCCUACCACACCCCAUCUCCGGCUCCGUCCAUUGUAGGUAGUGUGGGAUAAGGCAAGUCUGUGUGUUUGGGUUUCAGAGAGGAAUUGGGGGAUUGUGCUAAAUCCCUGAUUUAAGUUUAGUUGUGAUUCCCCCCCUCCCCCCUUUGUAGACUCUGUAUAAGGGAUCUGGGGUUAUCGAAAGCAUUAGGAACAAGGUACCCACGGAACAGGCUGGGAGGGUGUCUGGGGGCUCCAAGGUACUUAACUGCUGAGGCAGUUAUUUUAUUCUUGAACUAGGAGCCCACUUUCCUUUACACCUUUUCUUUAAAAAAAAAAAAAAA